GUGGAAUAUUGCACACCACCGCUAGUUUUCGCUGUUACGUUCAGUGCUGAUGUCCUGAGCAAUAAUUUGGCCUUGUUCAGUUUGGCCUUGCCUUUUGGAUUACUGUCAAGGUCAAUCGCCUUUGCGUGUCGUCGGCGCCCCGAUAUGACAGCAGUUGCGGAUUUCAACAAUCCGCUUAGGAAAUUCAAGCUUGUGUUCCUUGGAGAACAGAGUGUCGGCAAAACGUCCCUCAUCACUCGCUUCAUGUAUGAAACCUUCGAUAGCGUAUACCAAAUACGUUUACAAUUAUGGGAUACAGCAGGCCAGGAGCGCUUCCGGAGCCUCAUACCGAGCUAUAUACGAGAUUCCUCCGUGGCUGUAGUGGUUUACGACAUUUGUGUUGUGGAAUCUUUCCAACAAACUGCCAAGUGGAUCGACGAUGUGCGGAAUGAGCGUGGUAGUGAUGUCAUAAUUAUGCUGGUCGGCAACAAGACUGACCUCUCGGACAAAAGAAAGGUUACCACAGAGGAGGGUGAGAGGUUAGCCAGAGACCUAAAUGUGAUGUUCAUUGAAACCAGUGCCAAGGCCGGAUACAACGUCAAAGUUGAGCGCUUCCGGAGCCUCAUACCGAGCUAUAUACGAGAUUCCUCCGUGGCUGUAGUGGUUUACGACAUUUGUGUUGUGGAAUCUUUCCAACAAACUGCCAAGUGGAUCGACGAUGUGCGGAAUGAGCGUGGUAGUGAUGUCAUAAUUAUGCUGGUCGGCAACAAGACUGACCUCUCGGACAAAAGAAAGGUUACCACAGAGGAGGGUGAGAGGUUAGCCAGAGACCUAAAUGUGAUGUUCAUUGAAACCAGUGCCAAGGCCGGAUACAACGUCAAAGUUUUAUUCCGCCGAAUAGCCUCGGAGUUGUUGAACAAAGAAAAUCCCCCGCCAAGGCAUGACGACUAUAUUGAACUGAAGCCAAUCGAGCCACCGCAAGAAGCACAAUGGAAAACGUGUGGUUGUUGAUCUAGCCUGUUCUGUUGUUGCAUUCUCUCUCUCUCUCUCCGGUAAUUUCAAUCGCCCACGUCUCUGGCCAACCCAGAUAUCCUACUUUCGGUUGUUUUGUCAUGUCCACAAUAUCUUGGCUUGUCAGGUUGUCUUCGGAUACAGGGGCGAUUGCUUUGCGACAGGUAAUGGGUGAGCGCCAUUCAACGCGCGUCUGUUCGUUCCACCAUCAGUGCUUCAAUCAGUGUUUUCCACAUCUUCAUUGAAAUUGUUUUUUCUGUUUCCCCGAAUUGUGACCUUUUUCUGAGUACUUUUGUUUUCUCUCCUUAAGUUCACUGCUGGAACCAUCACGUGAACAAACGUGCCUAAACAUACGCACCCUGUACAGGCCUCUUGGUACCCUUCCUCAGUUCGGUUGUCAGCGAUCGUUCGGCCCCGGUUUUACCGCGAAACCACUUAAUUUUGUUGUUGAUUGUAUUGUUUCGUUUCUAAUUUUUCCUGUGACACGCUAACUCUCACUUGUGGUUAUUUAUUUUCUGCCUAUCGUAUGUCUGCCCAGGACCAAUUCCGUCUUUCUGUUUCUGUGUCCGCGUUAGCAACAUCAAGAACAAGGACGAUUUUGAAGUAUAUGGUUUUCGGCUACUGUAUGUGUGGGAUUAAAGUUGCUUGUGUUUUCUCGUUAUUGCGGUUUUGGGGGAGACCGCCACCUGUUUUGCUGAUUCCUA